AUGCCUCUGCAGCCACGCCCAGCCCCACCCUGCCCCAGAGUGAGUUAGCAACACUUACACAAGCUAGCCCAUGUGUCCUCCAUUCAGAGCCAAUGAUUCUAAUGGUUUAAUUAGAAGACAACCUGUGCCUUGGAGGAGUGGACGGACUGACUGCUGCUAACUUGAGACAUUGAAUCAGGACCAGGGCUAAUCUCCUCUCCUGAUCACAAUGCUGUUUGAAAAAUACAUUAAUGGGUCUUAUUCCAGGUUAGUUGCUAGCAGCCUGCGGAGGCUGGGAGGAUUGGCUACUAUUAACCACUGUGCCACAAAGCUGGCCUGGCUUCAGCCUGGCCGUCCUCUACUCAGCAGCCAGUCAGCCCCAGGCCCCGGGCCGCAGGCAGCACUAGCACAACAGCUAACAGCCGAGGGGUGUGGAUUUACUCUGCACAAUCCCCUAAAUAAGCUUCAUUAUACCGGGCUAUCCAUGCGCCCCCCUCCGCUGUUCAAGGAUUAGCAGGCCUACAAUCCAUGUCGGGGCUGGAGAGUGGCGCGUAGCACUUUUUGAUGCUGGUGCACACUAGGCCAGUGUUAGGCUACACCUCCCCACCCCUCCCUCCUCCCCCCGACACACACACUUUCUGCACGCUUUACUGCAGAUAAGCUGUUAACAAGAUUAAUGCAUCUGUAUCAAAAGUCUCGAGCAGGUUCGCUUUGUUGUUUGCAAAUCCCUCUUUCCGGGUCAAGCUGUCUUUGCCUUAACUUGGCUAAUAUGUUCUCUUUGUCAUUUUUAUACCGAUUUGUUUACAUUUCCCAGUCUAAUUCAACCGGCUCUCUGAGUUAUGGGCCACUGACUGUCACCGAGGGCAGUAACGAUAUCACCUGGGGAUUUGUUUCAGCAAACGAUUGGGGGUGAAAAUGUACUUUCAAUAAUAGAAGGUCGCCUACCAUUUCUGUUACAGUUAACUGUUAAAAGCAUGUUACAGUGCUAUGAAGAUAUUCAAAGUAAACGAAAAAAAACGGAAUGUUAUUCACUUUUUUUCAGUUGUUAAAAUGUGCAGCAAGCCUCCUCAUCCACACCAUUCCAACUACUUCAGCAAUGUAACUUUAAUAGGAUAUUUGGAUCCAUAUUGAUGCGUGCUGUGUUCUACCUCCAGGGACCCCAGUGAACCGCAUCCCCAUUAUGGCCAAGCAGGUUCUGGACCUGUACAUGCUCUACAAGCUGGUGACAGAGAAGGGAGGCCUGGUGGAGGUCAUCAACAAGAAGAUCUGGAGAGAGAUCACCAAGGGCCUCAGCCUGCCCACCUCUAUCACCUCUGCUGCCUUCACCCUCCGCACACAGUAA